UUCAGGGUGAGAUGCAGCGAAGACUCGAGCAAAAUCGAAGGAAGAAAGCCGAGGUUAUGCGUCUAAUGCGAGCGAAUACACGAUGAGUGUGUUCAUACCUGCUGUCUUCUACGAACGAUUCAUCGUACACCACGAGUGAUCCGUUACAAGUCAGAAGAUGAGCAUAAAAGAGAAAGCGAGCGAGAGGGAGGAUGGUAGACGCGUGGAAGAGAAUGCGCCCCUUGACAUAGGCCAUUUUCUGCGGCAUCGUGGCUGAAAGGGCUUGUUUCGUCAGGGGCAAGUGUGUGCUGCAAGCUCCUCUGCAAAUUGUGCUGAAGACUCGCAAAGCUCUUUUUUCCCGGCCGCAAUUGACGCGCCGAGAAGUACCUCGGCAUGCAUCACCGAGUAGUCAUUGAUUCUCACGAGCUUCUGUAAACUGGAACGGAAGCAACAAGUAAGCGAAUCAGAGAUCACGCGAAGUCUGUGAGCCCACACGAGUCCGGCUACUCGAAGGGAGAUCUUUCUUAGUGACCGAAGAAGGGACGACGAGGAGACGUUAUUAUCACGACGUCAAAAUCGCAUAAGACACAAUGGCAGAAACGAUGGAAAAGAUUGAAAUUAUAAAUUUGGAUAAUUCCGAGGUAUUGAUCGAAGAUGAGGCUACAGAAAUAUUAUUUGAUGCAAAUGUCUCACAAAGUGAAGCUGUAGUAGUGGGAAAUGCAGACGAUAUGAAAGUUUUCUCAGGAAAUGGUCAAAUUAUAUCUAUUAUAACUGAUUAUGAAUGUGUGACAUGUCACCGUGUUUUCCAAUCUGAAGAUUUGUUGAAGGAGCAUUUAGAUAUGUGCAGGGAGGAAGAUGAUUCAACCAAUAUAUUGGAAUUGAAUAAUAUGGCAAAUUAUGAUUCGGAAGAAGAGAAUGAAAAUGAAGAUGAAGAUGAUGAUAGCUAUAUAUUGCAUGAUAUGACUGAUGAGGAUCAGGAUUCCAAGAACAAUGAAAACAACGACAAACCUGUGAUCAAGCCAGUACCAGAUACUCAAUGUCACUGUUGCGCGGAAGAUUUAAAGACUGCACACAGUGGUGGGGACUUCAAGUGUGUUCACUGCAACCUCAGUUUCAAGAAGAAGACGUCCUUGGACAGGCAUGUUAUAGUCAUACAUUGGAAGUGCGACUCCUGCAUAUGCAACGUAUGUGGUUCUUCCUUCCGUGAUAAGAAAGAGCUGAACAAACACCGCUAUACAACACAUGGUGAUCGUAAAAUCUUCAGAUGUGAGCCUUGCGAUACCUACUUCUCCCGAAGCUACCACUUAAAUCGACACAUAAUGCAGUCUGGUUGUCACGGCAAUAUACUUAAUACGUUUAGUUGUCAAGUUUGCAAGAAAGUCUUUACGCGCAAGGAUAACUUGCGAGAACAUCUGCGUACUCACGCAGGAACCCCGCAGCGGCAGAAGAAACCGUGUAAGUAUUGUACGAAGGAAUUCUUCACGAGUCAACAGUUGCUGAUACACGAGCGCAUGCACACGGGCGAACGGCCGGUACAGUGCGACUUGUGCCCGAAAACAUUUCUGUCAGCGUUGGCGCUGAAAAAGCACCGUCGUGUACACACCGGAGAGAAACCGUUUGAAUGUAAAUACUGUCAGAGGAAAUUCGCCGCUCGUGAGACGUUGAAUCGACAUCAACGUACACACACUGGCGAGAAACCGCAUGUCUGUCAAUAUUGCGGCAAGUCGUUCAUACAGGCAUCCCAGUUAAGGGCGCACAUAUUUCAUCAUACCGGCGAAAACGGCUUUUACUGCGAUGUGUGCGGCAAAGCGUUUAACCGAAAAGCACGCUUGAAUAUCCACAAGAAAUUCGUACACGAAGGAGCGAUUCCAUUCACGUGUAAAAUUUGCAACAAAGGCUUCACGCGUAGGGAGGACCUGGUGAAGCACGCUCUACUGCACACUGGAGUUAAACCGUUCAAAUGUGACAAGUGCUCGAAAGCUUUCUCGGCGAAGUCGUCUCUGCAGGCUCACCUCAACACCCACAGACGUGAGCCGCCCCAGUCAUGCGUCGAGUGCAACAGAGUGUUCAUCCGGCAGGAUUGCUUGAUGAGACACAUUCGGGCGAAACAUCGGGAAUUGUUGGAGGACGUUAUGAACGAGGUCGAGAAGAAGCAUCUACAGACACAGUUGUAUAAUAUCGCGACAAUUGCCGCGGCCAAAACGAAAAACGGCGAAUCUAAGACACUUUCCACCGACGAAUUAUUGAAGGCUAUCAUAGAUCUUUUGAGGAUACUUAUCGAUGAGGAAACUCUGCAAUUAUUUGGGUGGCCAGAAGCUCCGAUACAAGACGUCCUCGAAGCUGUGAUCAGAAGAUGUGGACACGAGCCAGUAACGUCGGAAUCCUGUGUGUCCUUCACCGAGAGGCUGCGAGAAAACGUCAAGCUUCUGUUCACUGUAGUCAUCGAGGAUGAUACAGUGAAAUCUCUCUUAACGACAAAAACAGUAGAUGAUGUCAUACUUCAUGUUGUAGAGAUAUCUAACGGAACAAAAAAUUAAUUAGAAGGUAAGAUAUGUAAAAAAGCUAUCGACCAUAGCUAACAAGAUUCUUUUUCGGAUUAUUGAAACUGAGAAAGAUAAAAUAGGGAAACGAAUUUGAAAAUGCGAAUGACUUGACAGAAUAUCUGUCAAGAUAUCUAGAUCAUGUUACAGUCUAUAUUUUGAUGCUCACUUUUUAUUAAUAUAUAUUAAAAAUUUUGUAGAUUAUAUUAAGGAAAAUUGGGUAACUCGUAUACAUUAUAUUUAAAACAUUGUACAUUAUAAUAUUUUGUAAUAUUAUACACUUGCUAUAAGCUGUUAUUAUACAUCUAUAAUAACUACACAUAC